CGUUUACUGCCCCAAGUAGUUUUACUUUGAAAGAGGUAACCGGAAACAAGUGUUUAUCCGUUCCGGAAAAAUGGCGAUGCACAUGAGGAGGACGUUGCUGGUCCUUCGCAGAGCAACAUGUAACAGUUUGAAGAAUUCUGAGACUCCCCUGGAUGUGCGACAUCCAAUUCCAGUUUUACUGCCACUUCGCACCAAGAAGCGCUGCUUCAUUCCUCCAGCAGUGGGGAUGAAGGCGAAGAAGGGGGUAGACCCAGAAGCCAAGGCCAGAGCAGCAGGAAUCGUCUUUAGGCAGCAGUACAUGGAGAGGCCGAUCAACAUCGCCUGCACGGCUGGAAUCUUUGACCCCUAUGUACCCCCAGAGGGAGAUGCUCGACUUUCUACUCUAUCUAAAGAAGGUCUCAAACAAAGAACUGAGCAGUUGCGACAGAGUGCCGCUUCACAGCUUGCGUUUCGUAAAAUCAAAGAGCACGAUUCAGAAUUCUCAACAAAGAAUUUUGCAGAAAGAGCUCAAGAAAUCUUCACUGAGGCUCACUACGCCCUGACGCAGUUUAACAAGGAGAAACUUCACUCCUUGGUAACAGAAAGAUGUUAUCCUGAGAUGACAAGAGGAAAUCGCUACAAAACGAUCCAUUGGAGAUUCAUUGAAUCCCUGGAACCUCCCAGAGUAGUUCACGCCCGCUGCCCUGACAUGGUCUCCAAAGGCAACCUGUAUGGCCAGGUGACAGUGCGCAUGCACUCCAAGCAGACAUUGGCCAUCUAUGACCGCUUCGGGAGGCUGAUGCUGGGCAGCGAGGAGCAGCCGAAGGACGUCUUGGAAUACCUGGUAAUGGAGCGACACAUUGUUAACCCCUAUGGCCGAUGGAGGCUUCAUGGAAAAAUAGUGCCGUCCUGGGCUCCGGCCAAAGAUCCAAUUGUUAAGACUGUGAUGAUUCCUGGUCCAGACUUGAAGCCAGGAGAAGAGUUUGAUGCCCUCAACUAUGAAGUUCCCAAACCAGCAGCCGUCCAGUGGAAUAAAUAGGCCACCAGGCGGCGCCACUGGUUUCCGUAAACCACUGUAGGACAUUAUCACUAGUCAUGGGCCAAAUGUGGCUUGAAAUUUGGCUGUGGCAGGUCAGUUUGUCCACUUUGGCAGGAAACCAGGCUUUAUUUGAAGACUCACUUGUGUAUGAAAAGGUUUUUGGCUGAAGCGACUGAAGCAGCAGGUCAUUGUUGGGACGAGCAAACUGGUCUGAGCUGAAGCCAAAAUAACCUGAUGCUUAGUCUGCACAAAAUCAAGCAUCACUCUGGAAAAAACAGAGAAAAGAUGACACAGCUCCAGUAAGUGAACAGUUUAUUUUGAUGAAUAUACUUUAUGUUGACCCUGGAUAAUACAAAAAUAAAAUGUCCCAUCAGUUUUUCAUCACA